AUCGAACUUCUGCCUGGAGAUACAGCUAGGUGCGGUUUGCUCCGCCCAAGGUCGUGAGCGGCUCUAUUGAGCAGAGACCUCUGCUGAUUGGAAGACUCAUAAUUAUUUCGAGCCAUCAACGAUCUUGCAUUUGGAACACCAGAAGUCACAAUCGCAGCCGUAGUACUGACUUUAAGGGUGACAUCAUGGGUGGGCACGAACAUGAUGGACGAUGUUCUCAUCUCCAACUUACCAUCCGAGCUACUGAGAUCCGCAUUGAGAGUCCUCGUCUCCCAAGGCGCUGUGACUCAACAACCAUUCGUCCAACACAUCCGCCAUAGAAUGCUAGAAGCACCACCCGCAACUCCAAGCCCUGAUGCUUUGUUCCCUGAGAUAUACGAAGCGUCGACAACAUGUAAGCAGUAUCUAGCACUCACUAGAUGCGUCUUCUCCUGCAAGCUCGCCAAAGAGUGUCUCCCUUACUUGAUUCACUUCCUGGACUCCAUCCGUCUGGCCAACGCACGAUGGACGUCAGGCUCCGAGCUUGGAGCUGUGCUGGCAACGUUUGAUGGCGAUAUCGUACAGGCAGUGCAGGCCUUGAAAGAAUCGAGACCGGAGCCAACCCAGGAGCUAGAGGAGCUACUUAUGAAGCUGUUCAUAUCCAUCAAGGAGUGCUAUAAGUACUGCGAGACGACAGAAACCCCCUAUCCUUUCUUGCGAUCCGAGAGGCAGGUCAAAGAUGUUCUAGGAAUUCUAUUUCUGGGACAGUCGCAGCUCUCCGGCUCCGAGGGGAUAUGCAGUGCGAAACUGAUCGUAGAGGUCUCCAAAGAGACCAAAGUUGAAACGUUCAAGCUAGGACAAUACCAGGUGCCUCGUUUGUUCAAUGGAUUGUGGCAACUUUCCUCGCCUGCUUGGGGUUCAGGAACGGCAGAGAAGCAAGAGGCAGCGCUUCUGAGCUUAGUCAAAUGCGGAUUGACAACUGCCGAUAUGGCCGAUCAUUACGGGGAUGCAGAGCUUGUGUAUGGCGACUUCCGGAACAAAUUGCCAGCUCAGGUCAAAAACAAGACUUAUGCGGCAACCAAAUGGUGUGUUUUUGGACCAAUCAACCGGCCUGUUACGUCUGACUGGGUUCUUGAUGCCGUGAAAGACCGUUGUAGGAGACUAGGCGGUAGGGUAGAGCUUUUGCAGUUCCACUGGCAUGAUUACGAGGCAAAGCAAUAUCUCGACGUCUUGGUCGAGCUGGUAUCCAUCACGAAGAGCCACCCAGAACUCGUCUCGACUAUUGGACUAUGCAACUUUGAUUCGGAUCACGUGGAGGAAGCUUGCGAAUAUCUGUUGAGCAAGAUAGGGGCUGUUGGUAUCGUAACGAAUCAGGUACAGUUCUCAUUAUUGGACUCUCGUCCGCUUCAAUUGAUGUGCGCCGUGUGCACCAAGUACGACCUCAAGCUUCUGACCUAUGGUUCUUUUUGCGGUGGUUUCUUGUCGGAGAAGUGGCUUAAUCAGCCAGCCCCUGAGGUAUACUCAGAGACAAGUCAGCUCACGCCGUCGCAGCGAAAGUACUUCGAUAUGAUUAACAAAUGGGGCACUUGGGCCGAUUUCCAAGCCUUGCUUGACGUCCUCUAUUCGGUCGCAAGAAAGCACGGCGUAAGCUUAACCAAUAUCGCCACGAGAUGGGUAUUACAGCAGCCUGCCGUCGGCGCUGUCAUUGUCGGCACCCGUCUCGGAGUUUCAGCUCAUGGAGAUGAGAAUCUUCGAGUUUUCGAUUUGAUCCUGGAUGAGGACGACAUGAACUCAAUCAAUCGGAUUGCAGUGGACAAAGACGGCGAGAAGACGAAGGAGAUGUUUUCUAAGCUGGGAGAUUGUGGGAAUGAGUACAGGGCCAUGCACUGAGUUUUGUAGACUCGUGACAGUCCAACAACGGUAACAUGGGCCAUCGAAUCUUCGUGUACAGCCCGGGUAGUUGAGAGCUAACAUCCGGGCGCUUUGGUGAGGAUUUGCCAUUUGGGAUUAGGACGAACGAGCAUUCCGUGCACCCGAUCCUUAACCUUGCGGACCAUCCCACAUCUCAUCGGUCUCACUUUGUACGUAGUGUUUCCGUAGGAACCUAUUCGGAAUAUUCAUCCGGACUUCAACCCCUCAAGAGUCCAGCAGCUCCUGUCGUAUUAUCUCAGUGCUGUCGGAGGAUACUUAAGACCAAACAUUCAAGAAG